UGAUGCUGUGGCUGAGGGUCUCUGGUGGAAACGCAGUCAGCGCUAAUGUUGCUAAUAUCGGUUUAAAACCUGAACCGUUUUGGGUUUUUUUUUAUUGCCGUUUGUGAAUUGAAGAAGGUGGGCGGAAAAUUGUGAUAAUGGUUUUGUGCAGACUUUGACAACGAUUGUUAUUCUUUACGCUCCGUCGUGAAUCUACAAACAUGGAGAAAUUGCUCGGCUGUUAGCUUCAAGCUAAACUUCAAGCUGUAUGUUUUAAAGGCCGCCGUCCUGAGCAGAGCAGCGCAGCGCAGCGCUCCGCUCUCAUCCCCCGGCCGCUCUGCCUUCCUGGAGCUACACGCAGACACAGCAAGAACAACAAAAACACCUCGGUUUAUAUUUUUCCAGAAUGUAACCAUUAAGCAGAUGUGCACUUAUGAAAGAUGGAGAUAACGGCCCGGGCUCUGAUGGAGGAGAGGAUGGGUUCGGCUGUGCCUGGCUUUUUCCUGUUGCUGCUUUUUCUGGCCCCUGGGUGCUGGGCAGGAGAUUGUAAGGGCCAGAGGCAGAUUCUGCGAGGUUCACCGAGCUACAUUACAGAUGGCCCAGGAAACUACUCUGUUAACGGCAACUGCGAAUGGCUCAUCACAGCUCCUGGGAACAGUUAUCGCAUUGUGCUCAACUUUACAUUCAUGGACACGGAGUGCACCUAUGAUUACCUGUUUGUGUAUGAUGGAGACUCCUAUCAAAGUCCACUCCUUGCAAGUCUGAGUGGGAACACCCUACCCCAACCGAUAGAGGCAAGGUCUGGCAAGAUGCUGCUACACCUCUUCAGCGAUGCCAACUACAACCUGCUAGGAUUCAAUGCCACCUAUAUAUUCUCGCUGUGCCCCGGGGACUGUGGAGGUCAUGGGCGCUGUGAUGCAGGCUCAUCUCGCUGUCAGUGCCAUCAGGGUUGGGGAGGAGCAGACUGCUCCUUGCCUGUCUGCUCUGCGGACUGCACACAACAUGGAAAUGGACAUUGUGAUAAGGGGGGAGAGCAUUGCUUAUGCAGUCCUGGCUUUGUGGGACAGAGCUGUCAGCUGGGACUGCAUGAUGACAGUGGUGUGGGACAGUGGUGGGAGGUGAACACCAGGGACGUGAGGUUCUCUCCACGGACUGCAUCAGCUGGGGUCUACCUGUCCUCCACCAGAACCUUCUACAUGUUCGGAGGUUUUGACUUGAACAAAGCACUUGGAGACCUUGUGGAAUACAACUUUUCAAGCAAUCGGUGGGAGAAGUUGUUGCACUCAAUUGCUCCUGCCCCAAGACACUCUCAUACAGCAGUGGAAUGGCAUGGCUUUAUGAUCAUAUACGGUGGUGAGCUUUCCAACCACUCACUCGCUAGUGAUGUCUGGUUGUACCGUCCACAACAAAAUGAUUGGCAGCAGCUUGGCCAGUCAGAUGCUCCAGGUGCUCCCAGACUAGCCAAUCAUGCAGCGGCUCUGGUGGACAAUGAUCUGUAUGUGUUUGGGGGGCGCACAGAGAAGGACAUGUUCUCCUCCUCUCUGUAUCGUUUUCGGCUGCGAGACAGGGUUUGGGAGGAGGUACAGCCUCAUGGGGGGAAGCCCCCUGCCACUGCAGGUCACAGCAUGGUCUUCCACUCUCCAUCCAGGACUUUGUUGGUAUAUGGAGGACAUAGACCUACUACAGCCAGGUUCAGUGUGAGGGUAAACUCCACAGACAUUUUCCACGUGGACAAGCGUUUCUGGACCUCCCUUCGCUCACGCUACCCUGCUAACGGACCUCGGGAGAGAGCCUUUCAUUCAGCCACCAUAAUUGGCAAUUACAUGGUGGUAUAUGGUGGAAAUGUGCACAUCCAUUACCUGGAGGAGAAAUGCUAUGAUGAGGAGAUCUUCUUCUACCACCUGGGAUGUCACCAGUGGGUUUCUGCAGCAGAAAGUCUCUCAUACCGAAGCCGCUCUGUGAGAGGCCGUUACUCUCAUGUUGCUGCUGUCAUGGAUGGCCGUGUGCUGCUCAUCGCCGGUGGUUACAGUGGGGUUGCCCUUGGUGACCUGGUGGCAUACAAAGUCCCGCUGUUUGUCAGCAGUGACCCUGGUGACAGAGAUGCAGUAUGUGCUGAGGCCCCAGAUGAGAGAAUGUGUCUAAAAAACCCCGAAUGCAGUUGGUGUGAGGGUCGUUGUCGAGAAUACCAGCCAACUAAUCCGUGUGGUAGCACUGGCUGUAUGGGUCUGGCACGCUUCCUUUCCGACUGCCAGUCAUGUCUAGUAUUCAGUGGCGUGCCCAAAUCUCUCCCUCGUGCCCCCGGUGAUUUUGGCUGGUGUGUCCAGAAUGAUUCCUGUUUACCGGUCUCAGAGCGUAGUGCAUGCCGCGUGGACCAGAUCUCGGGGGCGUACGGCUGGUGGGGGGAGCGGACGAGUUUCCUGACUUCCCUCCCCUCCUGUCGCACCGAGAACUAUGUCCCAGGACUGCACCUGCUCACCUUUCAGCACCCGCGCAACCAUUCACAGCCUGACAAGGUGUCCAUUCUGAGGAGUACCUCCAUAAUACUCAACCCAUCCACUGAGAUGGAUGUUACUCUGCAGUUUCAUGGUUUCAUUCACCCUCUGUUAGGGGCUCCACCUCCCGCACCUCCUCCCCAAGAGACUGUGGCCAUGUGGGCCAGGAUUCAGAAGUUUCACUUUACAGUGAAGAUGGCUGCAGGUCCCAACUCGGUCCACCUGACUGAUGUUCUUGGACGCUGGUCAGCUCAGGAGGAAAAAGAGAGCCGCCUGCUGUCCCGUCCGGACGGUUCUCGUCUCUUUCAGAAUCUCACCCGGGGCAAUCGUUACCUGGUGCAGGCAGAGGGCUACCUGAACAGUUCUGCCUCAGGCCAGACCAGUGAGAUGGCCCUUACCUGGAACCGAACUGCAAUACCUGGAGGAAGUGAGAUCUCAUUUCUGUUCCUGGAGCCAUAUCGCUCAGGCUCGUGUUCAGGGUACCACUCCUGUUUGGCCUGUCUGUCUGAUCAGUCCUGUGGCUGGUGCCCGACCACAAACGUGUGCAUGCUGCGCUCCAACAUCAGCCACGAGCGCUGCCUAGAGCCACAGGGAGAAGAGCACCACCUGUUGCUCAACCCCCAGCACUGCACACUGUGUGAGGAGUACAGAGACUGCAGGGCCUGCACUCAGGACCCUUACUGUGAGUGGCAGAUCAAUUCCAGUAAGAAGGGGGAUUACUUAUGCAGUCGCCGUGGGAGACUGGAAGGCUCCAUUCGGGAUCCAUUGGGAUGUCCUAAAGUUUGUAAUCAGAGGACAACAUGUGGGGAGUGUCUGUCAAACUCGAGCCAGUGUGCGUGGUGCGAGUCUGCUCAGACCUGCUUUUACUUUGCUGCUUAUCUCACCAAGUUCCCUUACGGGGAGUGCAGAGACUGGUACGACAGUGUGCACUCGGUUCCCCAGUGUAAGCAGUGUUCAGAUUUAGCCACAUGUACAGAAUGCCUACAGACCUUUCACUGUGGCUGGUGUGGGGAUUACAACAACCCUACCUUUGGCAGGUGUCUAAAAGGAGACUGGGGAGGAAUAAUUGACUCAUCUGUUGCUAACUGCACUGUUGCUGUUGCGGAAGUGAAAGCCUCGAGCCCCGAAUUACGCACCCUUUCCCCACCACGGCCGAUGGAGCUGGAGUUGGAGCUGGAGCUGCUGGAAGGGGUGGAUGUUGAUGGAGAGGCUGUGUGGUCCUAUGCGUCAUGCCCUGAUGUGGAGGAGUGCAGACUGGGCCUUCACACCUGCCAUCCCUCGGCCACAUGCGUGAACACACCCACCUCCUACGAGUGCCACUGUGAGAGGGGUUUCACCGGAGAUGGAGAGCAUUAUUGCAAUCAGACAUGUUAUAAUGAAUGUCGUGAGGGCAAGUGCAGUGGCAGUCCACUUUUUGAGUGCGAGUGCUCUCUGGGUUGGACUUCGGAUCCGGCCACGCUGGUGCUCAGUGGUGUGGAGUGUGACGUCGACUGCAUUUGUAACUUCCAUAGCACUUGCAUCACGGCACCAGGAAUCUGCGACCAAUGCCAGGAUUGGACUACAGGACCACACUGUGAGCACUGUCGGCCUGGUAGCUUUGGUUCAGCAGUGGCUGGCGGUGGAGGCUGUGUGCCAUGUGAGUGUAAUGGACAUGGUGACCCACUGCAGGGAUUCUGCCACAAUCAAACAGGCCAGUGCUACUGUACGCACCAUACCCAUGGAAUACACUGCGAGUUCUGCUUACCUGGCUACUACGGAGACCCCCGGAACAAUGGUACAUGUUUCAGGCAGUGUCAAGGUCGCUCCGUUGCCCUUUCUUCAUCAGCUCCUCCCUCACAGUCCCUCUCGUCCUCUCUUGGUUGGCAUGGAUCAGCAGGAGGUCAGGAUGGUCUCUCACACUGCCUGUGGGUUCUUUCUGUCUCUCAGGAUCUGGCACCAUGCAUGCCAGGCCAGAUGUGCCCACCUGUGGCACUGACUCUGCAUCCAGACUCUUAUACACAUUGCACAAAUUCGUACGUGUACAUAUUUGAUGGCCUGCCACAUUUUCUCAGCGAUGGUGUGAUGCAUACGGAUCACAACCUGAUCGGAGCUUUUUGUGGCACAACUCGUAAUCAACCAAUCACAGUCGAAGCCAAAUCUGGUGUGAUCUCUGUCUACUUUGAGGCAAAUGUGUCUUCAGCUCAUCCUCAGGGUUUUAACGCCUCCUUCUGGGUACGGCGUUGCACUGAGGGAGGAUAUGAAGAGGGCCUUGAUGGCUCAUCAGAAUGCCAGGGCUUGGCUCAGUGCCGUGACGGGAUCUGCCAGUGUCCCAGUGGUUACGGUGGGCCACUCUGUGAUUGGCUCAUCUGCCCGGGGGAUUGUGGCACUCGAGAGGGCCGAGGCAUCUGCAACACGACUCUAGGAGUGUGUGUUUGCACUCUCGGCUGGGCUGGAUCUGACUGCUCCUCCAUCGCAGAUGCAAACAGCCUGGUGUGGGAGAACCUGCUGGACACACAGCUCACAGUGAGUCCAUCUUACAGAUUUCUCCAGAGGAUGGGGCACUCACUAGUUUCAGGCCCCCAGGGCACACUCUGGUUGUAUGGUGGCCUCUCUCUCUCUGAGGGAAUUCUGGGAAAUGUUUACAGGUACUUUGUGCAAGAGCGUCGCUGGACUCAGAUGCUUACCAGUUCAGGGGAGGAAGGAUCUAGCCCCUUACCCCGCUACCAUCACGCCUCUGUUGUGGUUGCCGUUCAUGACCCUAUGUCUAAUACUCAGACAGAUAGUCACCACUUAAUGCUUGUGGUGGGUGGGGUAACACAAAACAGUGUUAUGAGUGAUACGUGGAGCCUCAAUCUAAGCAGUCUAACAUGGACAGAAUACAAGAGCUCAGUGCUGCCCCCUGUGGCUGGUCACACUCUGACAGUGCGCAGAGUCUCCUCUGUGCUGCUGAUUGGAGGAUACUCUCAAGAGAAUGGUUUCAAUCAUCACUUACUAGAGUUUAAUCCACAGUCUGGAAACUGGACCAUAUUGCCACACACUGGUACACCACCUACAGGUCUUUACGGACAUUCUGCGGUCUAUCAUGAGCAGACUGAUGCUGUAUAUGUGUUUGGAGGUUACCGUUUCCAUGUGGAGGCAGUAGAACCUUCUGGAGAACUCUAUACCCUUUACUACCCCAACCUCACCUGGUCUUUACUGGUCCCCUCCCGGGGAAACAAGCCUCUCUCACAUUUCUUUCACGCGGCAGCCCUACUGAAAGAUACCAUGGUGAUUGUUGGAGGACGGACAGGAGCAGAAGAUUACAGCAACAGUGUGUACCUCUAUCAGAUCAACUGUAACACAUGGAUACAGCCAGUAUCAUCAGUCGGCGAACCUGUUAAUCACUCUAUCUCCUUGGCCAUGACGAGUUGGGGGAAUCGCCUAUUCUUAUCGGGUGGAUUUAAUGGGGUCAUGCUGGGGCGUUUUAUCACCCUUUCUGUGCCCUCUGACCCCUGCGUCCUUCUGCCUAACCCUGAGGCCUGUAACAACAGCACAGGCAGCUGUGUGUGGUGCAGGGGUGCCUGCACCACCUCGGACACAGCAGAGAGAAUUGGCUGUCCUGUCGGCCAUUCCCCAUGCUUUCCCACUCCUCGUGUCCCUGAUCAGUGUCGAAGGCUGAAAACAUGCAGCGAAUGUCUGGCCAGACACCCCAAAACAUUUUCCAGCCCUGGACAGAGCUCUCUGCAGUGUAAGUGGUGCACUAACUGUCCUGAAGGCGCAUGUAUUAGCAGCUCUGUGAGCUGCACUUCGGAACAUGACUGCAGGAUAAACCAAAGGGAGAUUUUCCUCUCCAGCAACUGCACUGAAACCAGCUGUGAGGCAUCUGAUUGCCCCAAGUGCACAGCAUCAGGGAAGUGUAUGUGGACCCGUCAGUUUAAACGCACAGCAUACGAGUGGCAGGGGGAAAAGGCACAGCGUGGCGUCCGUUUCAGAGAAGGGGAAACCAGACGCAUUCUGAGUGUCAAUCCAACAUAUGACUGGACGUGUUUUAGCUAUGCGCUCCUGAACGUGUCACCCAUGCAGGUGGAAUCGUCUCCCCCUAUGCCCUGCCCUGAGCCCUGCCACCAAAUCCAGACCUGCAGCCAGUGUCUCAGCUCCCAUGGUUCAGAUGGGGGUUGGCAGCACUGUGUUUGGAGCAUGGCUCUGCAGCAGUGUAUGAGUCCUUCGUUCAUUCCGUUACGCUGCGAAGCGGGUCAAUGUGGUCGUCUGCUGUCUGGUGGAGACUCUUGCUCUCCUCAGUGCUCCCAGCUUACCCAGUGCUCCCAGUGCAUUGCCCGGCCACAGUGUGGCUGGUGUGCCACCCGUGGUGCUAACGGUGCUGGACACUGCCUGCAGGGAGGGCUGGAUGGCAUUAGCGAAUCUCUCUGUCCCCACUGGAACAGCAGCUGGUCCUUCCUGCACUGUCCGGAGGAGGAUGAGUGCGCCAAUGGGCACCAUCGUUGUAAUGUUACCCAGGACUGCCAUGACCUACCUGAUGGUUACCACUGCACCUGCAGAAAAGGCUACAUACUCAGCAGUGUAUCUGGGCAGUGUGAGCCGGUAUGCAUGCAGGGCUGCGUUAAUGGCACAUGUGUGUCACCAGGAGUGUGCCAGUGUCACUUUGGCUUUGUCGGGGAGAACUGCUCAUCUCAGUGCCGUUGUAAUAAGCACAGUAACUGUAAGGGUGUCACUCACCUGGAUACGUGUCUGGAGUGCCAUAACCACACUAAGGGUCAGCACUGUGAGAAGUGUAAGCCAUUGUAUGUAGGCUCUGCAGUAGGUGGUGGAGUCUGCCGUCCCUGUCGGGAGUUUUGUAGAGGAAACAGUGAUGUGUGUUUGUCCAAAGAUGAACUCAAGUUGGCACUGGAUUACCCAAAAGACCAUCCACUAGAUCCUGAGGGUAUCGUCCGCUGGGUAACGGAGGGCCCUACUGAGGAUAAUGCUGUAUGUGUGAACUGUCAGAACAACAGUGUUGGGGACAAGUGUGAGAGCUGCCUUAGCGGCUACUUUCUGCUGCAGGGAAAGUGUGAAAAGUGUCAGUGUAAUGGCCAUGCGGACACUUGUAAUGAGCAUGAUGGAACAGGCUGCCCCUGUCAAAACAACACGGAAACGUCAUCCUGUCUUACCAGCUCACAGAACGACCGCAAGGAGUGUUACAGACAACAGUGCGCUAAGUGCAAAGACGCUUUCAACGGCACACCGAUCAAUGGCCGUCAGUGCUACCGGCAGUUCAAUGUGGACAACGAGUGCUGCUUUGACCCGACAUCACAGACCAACUGCUUCCACGAGCCGAAUAUCCGCAAUCUGCCGAUGGGACGCACGGUGUUUUUUGCGGCGCAGCCCAAGUUCACUAAUGUGGACAUUCGCGUCACGAUCGAUGUCACUUUCGGCGAGGUGGAGGUGUAUGUGUCGAAUUCCCAUGACACUUUCAUCGUGGAUGUCGACCGCCAGACAGGUAUACACACUAUUAAAAUCGCGGACGAUCUUGCCUCCGUGCCCAUCACUCGGGGAGACAAAGAGGUCCCUUUAGCGCUGUCACCGUUAAAAGUGAACGCAAAUUCGUCUUCCUCUGCCAUUCUUGGUCUGCACGCUAAACCACACAGUACGGAACGGGAAGUGCGUGAAGAGCGAGCAGAGGGCCUCAUUACGUACAUCACAGUCUGGAAGCCACAGACGGUGCUGAUUGUGCGUGGUGUGCGUGAUCGUGUUGUCAUCACCUUUCCACAUGAAGUGCACUCGCUCAAAUCCAGCCGCUUCUUCAUCGCGCUGCGUGGUGUUGGUACAGAAAGCCAUGGUGGAGAGUCGCAAGGCCUGCUUUUCCUGCGCCAGGACCAGGCGCACAUAGACCUCUUUGUUUUCUUCUCCGUCUUCUUUUCCUGCUUCUUCCUCUUCCUGUCUGUGUGCGUGCUGCUCUGGAAGGUCAAGCAGUUCCUGGAUUUCAGGCGUGAACAGCGGCGUCACAUUCAAGAGAUGACCAAGAUGGCUUCGCGCCCCUUUGCCAAGCUCACCGUCUACUUGGAGCCUGAUGAGCCGCAGCUCAUCUAUUUGCCGUCAGCUGGAGGAGGAAGCGCCGUCUCACUGGCGCAUGUUAGGACAGGCAAAAUAGGUGGCAUGGUCAGUCGAGGAAGACCUGGAGUUCCGUCCUACAAGCAUGAUCCUGGUGUGACUCGCCACCAUCACCACUACCCUGCCCUCGGCGGAGGUAACAGCGGGCAGCACCUUUCCUUGCAUUACUUGAAUACGCAUCAAUAUGUUCCCAGCUCUGCCACCAAUCCAACAUCACACCAUCACCACCACCAUCCAGCUUCGCACAGCAGCUACCAGCAGUUCUGCCGCUCUGACCCCUUCCUCUCACAGCUCUUGGGCUUCUCCUACUCCUCCUUCAAGGUGGGACCCAUCACCCUGGAGCCCACUGACGAUGGUAUGGCAGGAGUUGCCACUGUCCUUUUCCAGCUGCCUGGCGGUAUCCUGGCACCUAACCGAGCCUGUCUGGGCUCUGCCCUGGUCACCCUGAGACAGAACCUGCAGGAAUACUGUGGGCACGGGGGAGCAGGCACACAUCCGGGGGUUGGCGUUGGCAGAAAGGGCAUCCUGGGCCACCAACACCUUACCACAAUGGCCAUGUGAAGAGCAGGAGGAAAGGUGGGAGAGCGAGCAAUGGGCAGAUGGGAAUUUCAAGUGGGGGAUGGCUAAAUUAAUACCAUGUAUAAGAGAACGGAGCAGCAGGAUGGACAGUUUCUGAAAUCUCAGAAGUGAACGUUCUUGAAAGGUCCAAGCUACUUGAAGAAUGCCUGUGGGUGUUUUAUAAGAGAUGUAUUUAUUGAAACAGUGGAACAGGUUAUGCGGAAUAGAUGUUUAUUCUUGUACAUAUACAUUCUUAAGUAUUAAGCAUCUUUAAUGAUUUAUCUUCUGCCCUUUGUGGAAAGCUUCCUGUGAGCUUGGCGGCUGCAUUUAGGAAAUGCACUACAUGUUUUGUUGCUGCAGCCUCCCUUUGUCCUAUAUACACCAUGAAGAAGUUGAAGUGACGCACCCUGUCACAGACAAAGACUUUGGAUUGACGUUCUCACUGUGUUAUUGACCAUUGAGAAUGACUGCCUGGUUACAGAAGCAAAAUGUGCUUUAAAACUCUGACAAUCUGAACUGCCAUUUACAAGAAGAUCAUUGCAGCUGGUUCAACUGAAUUAGAAAAAAAAAACGACUAUCUCCUAAAAUGGGGCAGUUGGGUCUGAAACGAAUGAAAUAUUUAAUCAACAGACAAUUUACUCUGAAUAGAUUCAAAUGAACAGAAACAAUGGUUUAAGGCUGCAGCUCUGUUGAAUAGUGAGCCAUGUGGUUAGUUUUACACAUAUUUAUCCUGGCAAAAAUUGCAUUUUAGCGUUUCCGCAGUUUUCCCACUCAUGGUAUUUAAACAGUUUGUUGCGAUAAUCAUUUUGCUUUGUGUUUUUAGCAGAUUUUGGCUUCUAAUUGUAAUGGGAUUUAUGUUGACUGGUGCGCUAUAAUAAGUCAUGACCUACAAAUGAAGGUAGCACCUGCUAGCUGGUCAAUGCUCCAAUGGUCAAUGUUAGAGUGUACAGUAAUGGACAUGCUUUAAUAUUUAAUACUAUUUAAGAAAUGGUCGAUGCAAUCACGCAUUUUAAUCCAGCUAGAUUUUGUUUACUGAACAGUAUUUAUUUCUAAUGGUUUAAUAAUUGUCAGAAAAGGGCUUCUUACUGGAAAGUAUUGAAUUAAAUCCAAAUUGUAUUCUGCAGCUUAAUGGAAUGAACAAUACAAUGAAAAACGUUAAGAUCAGGACAAGACUUUGUCAGUAUUUCCUUUGUUUGAAGUUUGUGUGACUUUUUCUAGAAGUUCAGAAAUAUCCUAGCUUAAAGACAUUGAAUCGAGUAGUUGAGGUUAUUGUGCGUGUGGAGGUUUGCAUAUUCUCCACAUGGGUUCCCGCUCACUAUCCAAAAACAUUGGUGACACUAAAUUCGCCCUAGCUGUGAAUUAUUUGUUUGUGUGUGAUGUCCUGCAAUGGACUGGCAUUCCAUCCAGGGUUAGUCUCUGACGUGUUUCUGGGAUAUGCUCCGGAUUCAUGGUGACCCUGACUGGGAUAAAGCGGUUACUGUUAACGAAUGAAUGAAUGUUUAAUGAUGAAAAGCUGUACACUCAUAUAUAACUGUGUUGCACCUUGUAAAAAUGCCUCAAGAACCUCAAGCAGCAACAGCCUGGGCUGACGAUUCAAUUCCAAUGUCAAAAUAUAACUGUCCUGGAUUUAUUUUGGUGCUGUAAUAAAAAAAAAAAGUAUGUAGAAGGAGUUGAAGACCAAAACCUGUACAGAUGUCUCGAAAUAUGUGGAUGCUAUGUAUUCUGCUCAUGCAUUCUGUGUAUAUACCAGUUUGACCCUAUUAAACUUUAACUAAUAGUG